CUGGAUCCGCUAGUGGUCAACUAUAUCUGCUCUUUUAUGUGCAACAGUAAAAGAAAUCAAUUUGCAUUAUAUUAAAUUUACCUAUUUAUUUUACGUUUUUAAGAUCAAGCUACAGAUAAAAAAUUAUAUAUUAAUUUAGGUAUUGAUGUUUAAAAAGUGCCAAAUAUGAAAUUUGACGGGAAAAUAUUUAGAUAUGUCAAAUAAAGAACAAAAUAUUUAAUUUAAAGGACUAAUAUAAAAGAUAUUGUUGAUUUGAAUGUUGGCUAUGGUAAUACUAAAAAUAAAUGAAAAAAAAAAAUGUUGCUUUGAGACCUCUCAUACCAUGGAAGUAAUUGUGUUCAAUUCUACAGCCAUGCCAGAAAACUUUAAAAUUAUUUAUUCAAAACUUUUCAAAAACUGUACCGCACCUGACCAAAAAAGUUACAGCUUCUUAUACCAAUCCAAAAGUUAUAUCCUUACUGCUGUAAUUUAAUAUAUUAAUUAAAAAGUCAAUAGAAGAUUGAAAAUAAGAUUAAAAUUAUUGAAACUUGAAGAUGUUUACAAAUUUACCUUUUUGCAUAUUUUAAAAUAAAAUCUUUUAUAUAUAUCACUCAAUAUUUUGUCUAAGUAAGACACUUUUUAGAAUAAAAAUUUAAUAUAAGUAAGAAAUGAAUGUAAUGCUUAGAUUUUCUUUGUCAUUGCAGGUUGAACAGAGGGAUGUUCCGGGGAUUGACUCUGCAUAUCUGGCCAUGGAUACCGAGGAGGGAUUUGAGGUGGUCUGGAAUGAGGUACAAUUUUCGGAAAGGAAGAAUUUCAAGGCACAAGAAGAGAAGAUUCAGCAGGUUUUCGAAAACCUUACACAACUCGAACAUCCAAACAUCGUCAAAUUCCAUAAAUACUGGACAGACACUCAUAAUGAAAAGCCGAGGGUAAUAUUCAUCACUGAAUACAUGUCAUCUGGCUCGUUGAAGCAGUUUCUAAAGAGAACCAAGCGCAAUGUGAAGAAACUCCCUCUUCAAGCAUGGAAGAGGUGGUGCACUCAGAUCUUAUCGGCUCUCAAUUACUUGCAUUCGUGCUCGCCGCCCAUCAUCCAUGGAAACCUCACAUGUGAUACCAUAUUUAUACAGCACAAUGGGCUCGUGAAAAUUGGAUCAGUCGCUCCAGAUACAAUACAUCACCAUGUUAAGACUUGCAGAGAAAACAUGAAGAAUAUGCACUUCAUAGCACCUGACUAUGGCGCCAACCUCUCACCAGCCGUGGACAUGUAUUCUUUUGGGAUGUGCGCGCUAGAAAUGGCUGCGCUAGAGAUCCAAGGCAAUGGGGACUCCGGAACGCUGGUGACAGAAGAGCACAUCAGGAGAACAAUUGACUCCUUGGACGACCCUCAACAGAAAGACCUGAUAAGCAAGUGCUUGGCCCAGGACGGUGCUAACAGGCCCUCCGCUAGGGAGCUCUUGUUUCAUCCUCUUCUGUUCGAGGUGCACUCUCUCAAGUUAUUGGCGGCAGAUGCAUGGGUCAAUGCUACAGUGAAUACAGCUGAAACAAUAACUGAUGAAGUAGUCCAGCGCAUCCCACCGAAUGAUAAAGUGCUUGCAGAGAUCAGGCAUCCUGGAAAAGAUCCUAUCACCUUCACUAUGGAAGACACCUCUGUUACUGAAAAACUGGAGAAAUUUGUGGAAGAUGUCAAGUAUGGCAUCUAUCCCCUAACGGCCUACAAGUCAAGACAACAAGCACCAAUAAGGCCGAAGAGGCCUGUAAGUCCUGCUGAGGUGACCAGUGAGUCUGUCAAGUCAGCAAGUCCUGAACCUGUAGAUUUUGAGGCUCGGAGGGUUGUCAAUAUGAUGUGUAAUAUAAAGCCCAAAGAGUCAUCUCAAGAUCUCUUGGUCAGUUCAAUUAUGACGAUAUUGCUUCGGAUGGAUGAUAAAAUGAACAGGCAGCUUACCUGUCACGUCUCUGAUAUAGAUAAUUCCCUAGUUCUUGCUGAGGAGCUAGUCCAUUUUGGAUUCAUCAAUGAGGCUGAUAAGGAAAAAAUCUCCAUGCUGAUCGAAGAAGCGCUACACACUGGGAAGCUGACCCGACAGCAACAACAGCAGAUCGCUUGCGGUUCUCAAGUGAUCAAUUCUUUACCGCUUUCACCCCCGCUACAGACCACCAGUUAG